CAGGUAAACGAACCCAUCUUACCGUUAAAGAAAGGGAGAUAGAAGAGAGCACAAUAGAACUGGUGUGGAUAGGAAAAUGGCGGCACAGUCUUGCUCAAUUCCCCUCCUCUCAUCUCCUACCUUACCCAAAUUUAGCCCUUAUUCUUCAGAAGCUUCAACUAGGGUUUCGAUUCCUUCCAGAAAGUUCUUAUCAUCGUCAUGGAGAUUGAAUGCGACGGGUUUUUCUGAAAUUGAACCUGAUCUCAACGAAGAUCCAGUCGAUCGUUGGGCCACCAACAGUGUCAGCGCGGAAGAUUUUGUGUAUGGGGUUUACGAUGGGCACCAUACUUUCCAUGAAGGCGAGGACAACAAAGGAACUUUUUGGGAAGCACUAUCAUCAGAAAUCGCUUCAGUAGACCCACCAACUGGUUUCCAAGGGCUUAUUUCAUGGUUGUUUCUUCCAGCAGUCGCAGCUGGGAUGUACUUCAAUGCUCCUGGAGAGUACGUGUUCAUUGGAGCAGGUUUGUUUACAGUGGUGUUUUGCAUCAUUGAGAUGGAUAAACCAGAUAAACCCCACCACUUUGAGCCCCAAAUUUACAAUAUGGAAAGAGGAGCUCGUGACAAGUUAAUUUCUGACUACAAUACAAUGGACAUUUGGGAUUUCAAUGAGAAAUAUGGAGACCUUUGGGAUUUCACCAUCAAGAAGGAUAGUACAACAAUAAAAAAUAGAUGAGAUCCAUCUAUUCUAAUGAAUAUUCUUAGCCACCAAAAACAUGAAAGGUAUACAUAAUUUGUCUCUCUUCCUUUUCUGCUGCUUCUCUGUCCAUUCUUUCUCCUUUUUUUUUUUUACUAUUAUUUUUUCAGCUACCUUAUAAUGAGCUGUUUUGUUUAUAGAUACGACCGAGUAGUUGUAAAUUUUCUAAGUAUUAAUGGCAUGUAGUGUUACAACAAA